AUGCAGAUUGACACAGGUUCAAAAGCAUCAUUAGUGUCAUAUAAUGUCUACAGGAAGUGUCUGAAGCACCUUCCACUCAAACCCUCCGACACAGUUUCUAAAGGAUAUACUGGACAUCGAGUGCCUAUGAAAGGAAUGACAGAGGUGAUUGUUCAAUGCAAUGACCAAACUGCUAAGCUGCCUGUGUAUGUUACGCAGAAGAACUGCCCUGCUAUAAUGGGACAUGUGUGGCUCAAAGCAAUCAGACUCAACUGGCAAGAAGUGAGAAAGCUGUCGCAUGGUUCCUCUCAGCUGCAGGCCAUACUGGGAAAGCACAAAGAGGUUUUUCGUGAGGAACUGGGCAGCAUGAAAAAAAUUACAUUGAAGCUGCAUCUCAAACCUGACAGCAAACCAGUCUUUAUGAUGGCUAGACCUGUGCCGUACGCCAUUCGGCCCAAGGUGGAGUCUAACUUAGACGCAUUGGUCAAGAAUGGUGUUCUGGAGCCGGUUACAACCAGCGAGUGGGCCACGCCUAUCGUCCCGGUUCCUAAAAAGGACGAAGGAAUCCGGAUCUGCGGAGACUUCAAGGUAUCCGUGAAUCCUGUCUUAACAGCAGAGCAGUAUCCCCUCCCUCUGACUGAUGACUUAUUUGCUGGCCUGAGUGGGGGACAAAAGUUCAGCAAAAUAGAUCUCAACCAGGCUUACCUGCAAAUGCACGUUGAAGAGCAGUCACGUGAAAUGUUGACUAUCAACACACAUAAGGGACUUUUCAGAUACUGCAGGUUGCCUUUUGGCAUCACAUCAGCUCCAGCAUUGUUUCAGCGAGCGAUUGAUCAAAUCCUGAGCGGAUUACCUGGUGUGCAGUGUUACCUGGAUGAUAUCCUGUGUACAGGAGCAGAUGAUGAAGAACAUCUGCGCAACCUGGAUGCGACCCUUCAGAGACUGAAGGAAUACGGAUUGAGAGUCCGUAAGGAGAAAUGUGACUUUUUCCAGUCAUCUGUGGAAUAUCUAGGGCACGUGAGUGAUGCAAAUGGACUACACGCUGCACCUUCGAAGAUCACAGCAAUUGUGGAUGCACCCCCACCACAAAAUGUCAGCCAGCUAAAGUCUUUCUUAGGACUGUUGAACUACUAUGGACGGUUCAUACCCAACUUGGCAUCACUCCUGAAACCACUGCAUAACCUGCUACGCAAGGAGGAAGCAUGGAAGUGGACAGCAAGCUGUCAAGAGGCUUUUCAAAAGGCAAAGGAUUCACUGACUGCAUCUGAGGUGCUAACCCACUUCAAUCCUAAGUUCCCAAUUCAGCUUGCCUGUGAUGCUUCUCCCUAUGGGGUAGGGGCAGUGAUUUCCCACAUUCUCCCAAACGGCGAAGAAAGGCCAAUUGCCUUCGCAUCAAGGACAUUAAACACGGCAGAGACCAACUAUGCUCAGCUGGAACGAGAGGCUCUGAGCAUUGUAUUUGGUGUUCGGAAAUUUCACCAGUAUUUGUACGGUAGGAGGUUUACACUGUUAACUGACCAUAGACCUCUCACAACCAUCCUGGGACCCUACACAGGGAUUCCAUCUCUUGCUGCUUUUCGUCUCCAGAGGUGGGCGUUGAUAUUGUCAGGACAUGGGUUGUCCAGGUUACCUCUCCCUGUUAAAAAACCCGACUCUGACACUGUUGAGAUCCUCUACUUCAGGGAGGUAGAGACAGCACCGGUUUCGGCUGUGCAGGUGAAAAGGGCGUCCAGAAAUGACCCUGUGUUGUCAGCAGUGAUGGACUGGAUCAUUAAGGGUCUUCCUGCAGGUGAGGAUGUAGACUUGAAGGCCUUCCUUGGAAAGCGGGCGGAGCUUUCUGUUCAGGCGGGAUGUUUGCUGUGGGGGAGGAGAGUCAUUAUUCCCCUGUCACUUCAAACAAAACUGUUGAAGCAACUUCAUGCAGGACACAGUGGAAUAGUGAGAAUGAAGGAAAUAGCGAGAAGCUAUUUUUGGUGGCCAAAUAUGGACAAACAGAUUGAGGAGAUUGCUAAAAACGGUUCAUCGUGUCAUAAGGUCCGGAACAACCCACCACUUGCUCCUCUCCAUCCCUGGGAGUUCCCACAGGAGCCAUGGCAUCGUGUGCACAUUGACUUUGCAGGUCCAUACGAGGACAAAAUGUUUCUUGUAGCUGUUGAUGCACACAGUAAAUGGCCUGAAGUGACCAUCAUGAAAUCAACCACCACUGAGAAGACCAUAGAAGCACUAGGAGAAAUGUUCAGUAGGUUUGGAUCUCCUACACAGAUAGUCUCUGACAAUGGACCUCAACUGGUUUCACAGGAAAUGGAGGCUUUCCUGCAGGCUAAUGGAGUGCAGCACAUUACAUCAGCUCCAUACCAUCCUGCAACGAAUGGUCUUGCAGAAAGGUUUGUUCAGACAAUGAAACAUGCACUGAAAACAUCGCAAGGCCAAGGAACACUGCAUCAGAGACUGCACAAGUUUCUGCUUAACUACCGGAACAGUCCACAUGCAACCACAAGGACAUCUCCCAAGUGA